UUUUAUAACGAAAAAUUCAUUUUUUUUUCUUCUAUAACUAUUGGUUAUCGUAAACAAAGUUGUAAAAGUGCUUCGACAGAAAGCAAACUUUUAACCUACACUCGAUUCUCUUCGAAUCAGGCGUAUUUAGAAAUGGUUGAUUGUUGGUGUUUACUGGCAUUGACUAUUGCUGACCAAUAACCGACAAUACGGAUUUAGCUUCUUCCAAAAUACCGAUGCUCACAAGACUUGAAUUUGAGCGGACACAUGCAAACGUUGGAUACGCAAUUGUUUGACUUAGAUAAUUAAACGAACACCGGUGCAUUUUUUGUAGUAUAGUCACCGGCUAAACGCAGGAAUGUCUCAUACAAUAUUACUUGUUCAACCAGGCAACAGACCUGAGACAAGAACAUAUUCAGACUAUGAAAGUGUUAACGAAUGCAUGGAAGGAGUAUGCAAGAUUUAUGAGGAGCAUUUAAAGAGGCGAAACCCAAAUACUCCAACCAUAACAUAUGACAUCAGUCAAUUAUUUGAUUUUAUUGAUCAACUCACAGAUUUAUCAUGUCUUGUUUAUCAAAAGUCUACAAAUACGUAUGCUCCAUACAACAAAGAUUGGAUUAAAGAAAAAAUAUAUGUUUUAUUACGCCGAGCUGCAGGACAUAGCGAGUAAAAAUAGAUAAAGAUAGACAUAUGUUUUUAAGAAUAAGACAAAUUAACUUUAAGUAAAGGUCUAUAUUACCGUUUGUAAUAAUAAAUACA